UAAGCUAAGCGGAGAAUUUCCCCCUUCAAUGGCCCCUUCACGUCGCCUCAGCAAUGGCCGCUCGCCCCUUCUCCGCAAGCAGAGCCAAAUCACCUCCUUCUUCGCUAGCCCUACGGUAAACCCUAGCCCCAACUCUAAUGGCGACGAUAACCCUUCCCCCACCGCUAACCCUAACCCCAACCCUAACCCAAACUCUAAACCCGCUCCAAAGCUCAAUCCUUCUCCGUCUCGAGGGAAGCAGAAGAAGACCCCUCUCGUUGUACCCCCCACCUCCUCUUCUAACCCCAAAACCCCUUCCGCCGCCGAAAAGAAGGCGGCGUACUCGACGGAUGCGGUCGGAAAGAGGAUCAGAGUCUUCUGGCCUCUCGACAAUGCCUGGUACGAUGGCUGCGUCAAAUCCUUCGACGAGAACUCGGGAAAGCACUUGGUUCAGUAUGAUGAUGGUGAGGAAGAGGCCGUGGAGCUUGCGAAGGAGAAGAUCGAGUGGGUUGAAGAGGAGCAGCCGAGAAAGCUCAGACGGCUGAAGCGAUUAUCAGCUUCAGUUAAGAUCAAUGGCGGGAAGAGCGAUAAUGAUGAUGGGGAAAAUGGCGAUGAUUCUACUGAUGAUGAGGAUUGGGGUAAAAGCGUAGGAAAGGAAGAGUUGGAAGAUGACUCGGAGGAAGUGGAAUUAGAUGAGGAGGAGGAGGAGGAGGAGGAGGAGGAGGAGGAGGUAAUAGUAAGCUCAAGGAGGAGACGAUCACGGAAUUCAUCAUUGCCAAGAAAAAGGAAAAAGAUUGAUGUUGAGAAGUUGGAGUGCACGAAACAGAUCAGUUUUAAUGAAGGCAGAGAGAGGAGUUCAUCUAAAGUCGAGGCGAAGAGAACAGGAAGCAGCACUUCUGUGCCAAUGAACAAUGAUCUAAGGGGUCAAGUUUUGGAUACUAUUGAUAGCACUCUAACCGGUUCAGCUGAACGGUUCGCAAAACGGGAAGCAGAGAAGUUUAGAUUUCUGAGGGAAGGGCGUAAAGAUGCAAAAGGUAGGCGACCUGGAGAUGUAAACUAUGAUCCAAGAACUCUUUACUUGCCUCCAGAAUUCUUAAAGAGUUUGUCCGGUGGACAGAGGCAAUGGUGGGAAUUCAAGUCAAAGCAUAUGGACAAAGUAUUGUUCUUCAAGAUGGGAAAAUUUUAUGAAUUGUUUGAAAUGGAUGCACAUAUUGGGGCUAGGGAGCUUGAUCUUCAAUAUAUGAAGGGAGAGCAGCCUCAUUGUGGGUUCCCCGAGAAGAACUUCUCUAUGAAUUUAGAGAAGUUAGCCAGAAAGGGUUAUCGGGUGCUUGUUGUGGAGCAGACAGAGACACCUGAACAGCUCGAACUUCGCCGUAAAGAGAUGGGUUCUAAAGAUAAGGUUGUGAAACGUGAAAUAUGUGCUAUGGUUACAAAGGGAACACUUACUGAAGGAGAGUCGCUGUUGAUGAACCCCGAUGCUUCAUAUUUAAUGUCAAUUACUGAAAAUUACCAGGCUAAUGAGAACCAGAAUGAAAAAGACACCAUAAUAGGUGUGUGCAUGGUUGAUGUUUCCACAAGCAAAUUCAUUGUAGGGCAGUUUGGAGAUGAUUCUGAACGCCAUUCGUUAUGUUCAAUAUUGUCUGAACUAAGGCCUGUGGAAGUCAUAAAGCCUUCAAAGAUGCUGAGUCCGGAAACUGAACGAGUAUUGAAGAAUAACACGAGAAACCCUUUAUUUAAUGAUUUGAUUCCUAAUGUAGAAUUUUGGGAUGCUGAAAAGACAAUCGCUGAGAUCUGUAAAUAUUACUGUCAAUCAAAUAGUGACAUUUCUACUGAUAUUGAUAAUGUGAGGAACGAUUCUGUCACCCUGCCACUUGUCUUGAAUGAGCUAGUUAGUGCGGGCACGGGUGGAUCAUGUGCUCUUUCUGCUCUUGGAGGCUGUUUGUUUUAUUUAAGGCAAGCCUUUUUGGGAGACGCAUUGCUCAAAUGUGCUGAAUUUGAGCCACUACCAUGCUCAGGACAUGACAGGACACUUCAAAAGCCAUAUAUGAUACUUGAUGCAGCAGCGCUUGAAAAUCUUGAGAUAUUAGAAAACAUCAAAACUGGUGGUCCCUCCGGUACACUGUUUGCACAACUGGAUCAUUGUAUUACAGCAUUUGGAAAAAGAUUGCUUAAAGUAUGGAUAGCAAGACCAUUAUACGAUAGAAAGUCAAUUUUAGAACGCCAAGAUGCCAUUGCAGGUUUCAAGGGUGAUGGUCUUGCAUCUGCACUUGAAUUUCGGAAAGUGUUGUCAAGACUUCCAGACAUGGAACGUCUGGUUUCUCGCCUCUUUGCUAGCUGUGAGGCUAAUGGAAGAAAUGCCAAGAGAGUUGUUCUUUACGAGGAUGCAGCAAAAAAGCAGCUUCAAGAGCUCACUGCUUCUCUACGGGGAUGCCAACUGAUGGAUCAAGCAUGUUCUUCCCUUAACGCAAUGCUUGCUAGUACCGAAUCUACUCUACUCCAUCAUUUACUGACAACAGGCAAAGGGUUGCCAGAUAUCUCGCCUGUAUUAGAUCAUUUUAAAGAUGCUUUUGAUUGGUCAGAAGCUGACUGUACAGGGCGUAUUAUACCUCACGAAGGUUGUGAUGUUGAAUAUGACGCUGCCUGUUAUGCUAUAAGGGAGAUUGAAUCUAGUCUUUCGAAGCACCUGAAGGAGCAGCGAAAAGUAUUGGGAGAUUUAUCGAUAAAUUAUGUUACCGUGGGAAAGGACACAUUUCUGCUUGAAGUUCCUGAAAGCUUGAGGGGAGCUGUUCCUAAGAACUACGAGUUACAAUCUUCAAAAAAAGGAUACUUUCGAUAUUGGACACCUAAAAUUAAGGAGUUGCUGUCAGAACUUUCGCAAGCUGAGGCAGAGAAAGAAUCUGCACUGAAAGGCAUUCUUCAGAGGUUGAUUCGCCAGUUCACUGAGCACCACAGCAAGUGGAGACAAUUGGUUUCCACAACUGCUGAGCUAGAUGUUCUGAUUAGUCUUUCAAUUGCAAGUGACUAUUAUGAGGGGUCGACAUGCCGUCCAAUUAUCAAGGAAAUAUCUUGUACAGAUGUAAUUCCCUCUUUAUCUGCCAAAAGUCUAGGGCAUCCUAUUCUCCGGAGUGAUGCCUUAGGCAAGGGCUCUUUCGUACCCAACGAUGUAAGUAUCGGAGAGCUGGGCCACGCGAGAUUCAUUCUUCUUACAGGCCCAAAUAUGGGUGGUAAAUCGACUCUUCUGCGCCAAGUUUGUUUGGCAGUAAUCUUGGCACAGAUUGGAGCAGAUGUUCCUGCAGAAAGCUUUGAGUUCUCUCCUAUUGACCGCAUCUUUGUUCGAAUGGGCGCAAGGGAUCAUAUUAUUGCUGGACAAAGUACAUUCUUGGUUGAACUUAUGGAGACUGCUUCUAUGCUGUCUUCAGCCACGAAGAAUUCUCUUGUGGCCAUAGAUGAACUUGGGCGAGGUACAUCUACAUCUGAUGGACAAGCAAUUGCGGCAUCAGUUCUAGAACACCUCGUCCAUCAUAUUCAAUGCCGAGGCUUGUUUUCUACACACUACCACCGAUUAGCAGCUGAAUAUGAGAAAGAUGACAAGGUAGCACUUUAUCACAUGGCUUGCCAAGUUGGAAAGGGGAAAGGAGGUGUGGAAGAAGUUACAUUUCUUUACAGGCUAACACCCGGUUCAUGUCCUAAAAGUUACGGUGUUAAUGUUGCUCGCUUGGCAGGGAUACCUGCCUCUGUACUUCGAAAGGCCAUGGAGAAGUCGAGUGGUUUUGAGUCCAAUUAUGGAAAGCAGAGGGCCGGAUCCAAUGACAAGAUAGAUGAAGUUGCUGUCAUCAAAGAGCUGCUCUGUAUAGUCGAAGCAUGGAGUCACCGAGAGAAUGAGACCUUAAAUAAAAAUUUGUUCCAUGAAGUGUUACAGAGAGCAAGGAUGCUGGUGAGCAGAAACUGAGUCAGAAAUUCACUGUUUUCCAUACCAUCUCAGGAUAUUCUUUUGCAAGCAUACCAGGAACGGUUUGCUGGGUCUCUUGGAUUUUGAGGACCUCAUUUGGAAAUCUCUGAAGUCCUCGAAGCAACACCAGAGAUGGUGUGGACAGACCAGAGCUAAAAGACCUGAUCUCUACUUUCAAUGCCAAAAAAGGCUAGGCAGUAAACUUGACGAGGCAUGCAAAAUUGCCAAGCCAUGUUGGAUUUGCCUGAGCAGCAAAGAGUAAAAUGCUUUUAGAGGAAAGCGAAGUUUCUGGGGAAUCCAGUGCCAUUUUGUUAAGGUGUAAUUUAUCUCUUCGCGGUUGAUGAGAAAGUGUACAAAAUGUCUAGAAUUGCCCAGGGGGAUCAUUUUCCAUUUUUAUUUAAAUUCACUCUGAGUCCCUGUUAAUCUAGACGUAGUACCCAAUUAUCAACCUUUACAGAGUAAUUAUACUACUGUUGGUAGAAUGGACUAGCAUCUUCUGUCUGUGUAUAUCAUACAUGCUCUUCUCGGAAAACCUUUUACAUGCUUGAAAUGGCUAAGAUGCUUUAUUGUA